UACUGCUGUUUUGCUGUCGAGUCACCUCUGUCAGGAUGGAGGAAAACGAACUGCUAUCAUGCUGAAAAACGAAGUCUCCCAACAACCGAGCAUCUCAAACUGGGAUAGUUAGACACAAGUCGCCGUUUGUCUUGACUGCUCUAUCGUUUCUUUUACGCCUUUGCCAAAAUGAUGGAAGAAAUCGACCGGUUUCAGGUCCCUCCAGUCAACGGAGAGACGCAGCCUUUGGACCCUGCAGCAUCCUCCACCUCAGAGGCAGACCCUGACAACAAGGGAGAGACUGUGGCCAUGAACUACAAGCCCUCACCUCUGCAAGUCCAAAUAGAGAAACAGAGGGACCUUGCCAGGAAGGGAUCUGCGAAGAACGGCACUGUGGGAAGUCCCGUCAAUCAGCAGCCCAAGAAGAAUGCAAGGACAAGGCUGGUGGUGCCAAACAAAGGCUACUCCUCCUUAGACCAGAGCCCAGAUGAGAAGCCCCUGGUAGCGCUGGACACUGACAGUGAUGACGACUUCGACAUGUCCAGAUACUCCUCAUCAGGAUACUCCUCAGCCGAGCAAAUCAACCAGGACCUAAACAUCCAGCUCCUGAAGGAUGGGUACCGGCUUGAUGAGAUCCCGGAUGAUGAGGACCUGGAUCUGAUCCCCCCUAAAGCAGUCAACCCCACCUGCAUGUGCUGCCAGGCUGCUCCCUCCACAGCCUGUCAAAUUCAGUAGCACCAUUUCCCACCCCAAAAUAUCUCCUGCCUGCCACCUGCACUGAGGCCAACUGCUGACCAGAGUGGCAGCAAAGAGGAAAAACAAUCAGCUGGCACGGGCAAACAAGGGAAAACAACGGUUUCUAAAUGCUAAAAUAAGAAAUAAUAAAAUAAGAUAGGUCAUGUCUAGAGAGAUACUAUAUACAGUAUCUGUGCACGUUCCUCCUAUGGUAGGAUCUGUGCAUCUUACUUCUGCAUGGUUGGUUCAGCGAGGACUCGACUAAUGGCAGAAACAUUACCUCUAAGGAAAACGUUUUACUUUUGCUUCUCCUUCGUUUGGCUUCUAUCUCACGAUCGUGGAUAGUUUGGUUUACAAGGACCAUGUUGUGGAAGAACACAAAGAAAAUUGGAUGUGAAGAUCCCAAAAUGGGGACACGGUGACAUUACUCUGACAGCGCGUCAUCCAUGAAAUUGAUGGUCAGAUUCAAUGGUCGAUAAGAGAUUGGAAGUUCCGUAGUGGCCAUUGUUUUUUCUCUCUCUCAUUUCUUUCAGCCAGUCUGCUUCGUCUUUUGUAUAAAUGUGUCAAACAUGAAAAUGACGUUUGUGUGUCUAAAUAUGUUCAGGAAAGUAGUGCUAAACCAUCAAGCUGCUGAUAAAACACUAAUGUGAUAAAACACUCACAACACUAAGAUAGUAAUUCCAGAUUUUCCAGGUCCAGGUUUGUCUGUUACGCCAUGGUUGUACUGCUUAAUUGUUUCACAUUCAGUUAAAAGAAACUGAAAACACAUAGUUUUGCAUGUUGCCUGUUAACACUGUGUCCUAAUGGCCAGCCUGUGCAGAAAAUUUAUCAGUUUUUGAUAACCCCUAAACAACAUCCUUGUGCUGGUGAGACAUUAUGUUAGGCGUGCUUUGAAAAACAUGAAGUUAGUCAUAUUUAGGUUCACGAAUUCUAAUAUUAGUAAGUAUAGAAACAAAAAAACAGACAAAUAAUGUCAGAACAGCUCAUGAGUUAGUGUGUACUUUCCUUUUUUUAUUGUCCAUGCUAGCCCCGACAUACAGUAGGUGGAUGUUUAAGAGGAUCACAAAGGCAGUCACCAGCUGUGAAUGUGGUUACAAUACAAUAAAUGAAUUGAUCAAAGGCUUAGAAUAUGUGCAAAUGCAUAGAAAGUUGUGCAUAUUUUGGUCAUGCAUUUGGUGAUACCUGUUGUGGGUUCUGACGAAUGUCUAUAAAGUGAUUCCAUUUUGUUUUCCCAUAAAAGACACUCAAGGACAGUAUAAAAUGCUUUCCUUUCUUUAUAGUUUUGCUGUAAUUGUAUUGGUUUUUUAUGGUUGUACAUUUGCGCCUAUUCCCCUUGAGUUUUAGUAUAACCAUUUUGUCUGAUUUGGGGACAACACCUGUAUAUGUAGCACCGGACACAGCUGUGUAUUGUCAAUGCUUUAUGCCAAUGGAUGUUUUCCAUGAUGUUGAAAAGGGAGUAGUCCUUGCUGUUAGGAAGUACUGAAUGCAUACUGUUUAUUUCAUUGAACCAUGUUUACAUCACUCUAAAGACACGUCUAGAUGAUCGAAGCCAGUUGGCAUGUGAAUCUACUCUGAAACAAAUGAUGGUGGAAGAUCAGUCUGGGUUUCCCAAAAACACAGCAGAGAGUUCUUAAAAGUGAACGGCUUCCUGAUUAUGCACAUUUUGACUAGCGUGACACCUGGAAAAAGAUGUUAUCUUUAAAAUAACUUCAACCUAGAUACGUCCUUACCUGGCAAAUGGGAAAGAUGGUUUGUGAAACAACUACAGUUCUAAGUAUGUAUACACUUUACACUGUGGUGGUAUUCUCUAAGUACUCUGGUCUCUGGGGUUUGCGAUCAGGAUGUGAUGAUUGCAGUGUUUUUGGGAAACCUUACAUUAAUCUUUCAUAACUGAUGCUCUACUGAUUUUGUUAUCACGUUUACAACUUGGAGGUUUUACAUUUUUAUGAAAAUCCAUACAGAAGCCAAAGCCACCAAAUUAAAUUUAUGAUUGGAGACGUAAUGUUUGACUCCAAAUGACUGCAUCUCUAAAGAGUCUUGUUGGGAGAGGUGGCGGAUCUGUAACCAUACAUGCAAGUGUGGUCAAGAUAGGAAGAUAUGUUUGUGCUCUGGUCAAAUGAAUGGAUGAAUAUGUAAGUAUGUGGGGAGUGAACGGAGCUAAAAAAAAUCAACUAAACAAAAUGUUAGCUCUUUAUAUUAACCGGUAUCUCUUGUCUCUUACCACCUGAUACAGCCUCAGUGUUUCUACAGAAUUUGAAUUACAACACUAAACAAAAAAAAAUUUACAUUUCAUUUGCAAAUAAGGUGCCGUGUGUAGAUAUUUAAAUCAAUUGCAUUAAGUAGGAAAAAAGACUUUACAGUGGGUCAGGUAAUAUGUCACUAAUGCAGCUACUAGUGGAGGUGCGUGUUGGACCAGUAGCUGUGUACAGUAAACAUUAACAUUGAGGGACUGACUGUGUGAUUGUCCGUGGUGCUGAUUUUCAUCUUCUACCAUUAACAUCAUCCUAGUAGAUAAUAGAAUAGUUGCAGUCGUCUUCUACUGAGUGCACUACUUCUAGCCAAUGUCGUCUCACCUGGGGAGUGUAAUGCAUUGUAACAGAAGUUAUUUAUUUGCAGUUGUGUGUUCUUAAUUUAUUUUUCAAGAAUGGGAAAUCAUCCAUAUGCAGACAGAUGCUUUUUAUUUGUCAGGUGCUUAUUAUGAUGAUUGUGAACUGGUACCAUUUAGAUUUUAACAGUGUUAAAGUUCUGUGUAAUAGUGCAACAUAUCAAAAAAAUAAAUAAUCGAUAUCUGAA